AUAAAUUACAAAAGUCUAAAUAAUCCUGAGUUAAAAUUAUUCAGUGAUUUAACAUUUAACUGCUAUUGAUUUGAAAGGUAAUAACCACCUUAUAACUGAAAAACAGUUAUUUAUUAACCGCUAAUCUGAAUAUUGUGGUGCAAGGUCGUCUUCCUACAGUUGUAAUGAGGUAAAAUAAAAAAUAAAAAUUCUUAGAAAGUUGUUAGCUUUUUGUCCUAGACAUUUAUAGCACACGUUUUAUAAGAAUGACCCAUAUAAAAAUGAACAUGAAAUUAAUAUGAUUUCAGUCUGAUAUAUAAUUUCAUACAAGACAGUGAGUGAAGCAUUGGUUUUGAGCAGGAUGUCCUGUGACAGCAGAUCAGAUGUGCAGUUUUGGGAGGUGAGGACUUUAUAUGCUUUAUCUGGACUAUUAGUACACAGAAGAGCAAUAUAAGAAGUUCAUAGAUUCAGAAUUAUAACCUUCAUAGAACACCAAAGUUACCCAAAAGGAAUGCACAAUCUCUAGGGGUCUAAUGGGGCAUCUUCUCGCCUUUUGACAGCGUUUCCAUCAUCUAAGCUGUAUAUAAUUUAGGUAUACAAUAUACACAAUGUAUAGUAUCUUACAAUAUAAAUAACUUUGAUCAAGUGUUUCACAUUGUGCUUUAAUGCUCACUAAUGCUCAUCUCCAUUUGUUUCUCAUAUCUGUGAAUAAAGGCAACAUGAUGGAUAUUUAAUCAUUUUCCUGUGUCGUGGAUUUGUUUACCUCAUUGCACAGCUAUUUUCUGCAGUUCUGUAAUCGUCUCUACCCUCAUAUUCCCCGAACACACACACACACACACACACGAAACGAGUAACUGACCAUUCAGAUACCACCGAGUCAAUAAAAGCGCCCUCCGCUGCCCGACAAGAAAUCCUGCAUCCAUCAUCUCAUUUCAAGAAAGAGUCCCAGCGGAUGUACGGCGUCACGUGCUCUAAGAAGACGCGGAUGCUGUCGCAAUUUGGCGCGCUUUUUGUUUGAAUUUGAACAGCGUUCUUACUCUCCAGUCAGCUCUUUUACGUGCGUGAGUAUAAACUUUUGACUAACUUAAAACAAAGUUACUAGUAAAUGUAGCAAUACGCAAACAUUCACUGAUCACAUUUCUAAGAUUCUGAUUAUAUACAUUUUACGUAUGCGUGAUUAUCAUUAUUUAAUAUAAAGCGGCUAAUGGAGAGAGAAUAUCUGUAUUCUUAAGAUCAAUUGGUGAGCUAUUAACCCUAAUGACUUUAAGCGCAAUUGGUCUUCAAAGUUCAACCAGUAAACAGAACCAAGAAAUAACCCAUCCUGCCUUUUAUCUUUUUCAGUAAUCUAUGUCCCUCAAACACACAAUACAGAAGAAAAGUGCUGAAUUUUUUGUAGUAUUAUAAAAAUGAUAGUACCAUCAGUAACGUUGAUGUCAGGAGUGCAGAUGCCACUUUUGGGUUUGGGCACAUACAAGCUACAUGACCGUGAGCAACUGAAAAAAUCUGUCAGUUCUGCACUUCAAGCUGGAUACAGAGCCUUUGACACAGGUGCAGUUUAUGGAAAUGAGGCACUUCUAGGGCAAGUCCUCAAAGAGCUGCUGCCAAAGUAUGGCCUAAGCCGUGAAGAUGUGUUCAUUAUCAGCAAGCUUGCCCCGUUAGACCAUGGGCCGAGGGCAAAGGAAGGCUGCCUGAGGAGUCUGGAGCAACUAGACUGUGAAUACAUCGACCUCUAUCUAGUGCACUGGCCUGGGGUGGAGGGUCUUGACCCAGGGGAUUCUCGUCAUUCAGAGUAUCGAGCGCAAAGCUGGACGGCCCUAGAGGAGUUCUAUGCCAGCGGGCGAUUCAAGGCCAUAGGGGUUUCAAACUACACCGCAAAGCACAUUAUGGAGCUGCUCACGAGUUGCCGCGUCCCCCCAGCGGUUCUUCAGAUUGAGUGUCAGCCAAAGCUGAUCCAGAGGGAACUGAGGGAAUUAUGCAUGGAGACAGGCAUUCACUUCCAGGCCUACUCUUCGCUGGGUAAAGGAGCUCUCCUGAGGGAGCCUGAGGUAAUGGAUAUAGUGAGGAGCUGUGGUCGGACCCCUGCCCAGGUUCUCCUGAGGUGGGCUGUGCAGCAAGGCAUCUCCGUUCUGCCUCGGUCCUCGCAGCCGUGCAGAGUGCAGGAGAAUGCACAGGUGUUUGACUUCCAGCUAAGUGAGAUGGAUAUAAUGAGGCUGGAUGCCUUGAACUGUGGAACAAGGUUUUGCAAACGAGACUCUAGCAAAAUAGCCUAAGCCUGAAGAUAUGUCCAUCUCUUUACUGAUCCCAAGGCAAAAUAAAUGUAAAAUCCAGCAAUCUGAAUUAUCAUUGUAAAUAGAUUCAAUGAUGUGAUUGUGAUGCUUGCUUUAGUAGUAUUUAAAAAAAGAAAACAAAUUGUACAUGCAAUGACUUGAAUACACCAUCGAUGAGCAUGUGAA